UCCUCCAUUUUUUUCUCUUUUCUUCUCUUCUCUACCGAAGUUUGCAACCCCUUUCUCCUCCUCCUCUUCUUCUUCUCUUCUCUUCUCCAACAGCAACAAGCAACAAGCAACAAGCAACAAACAACAAGUUUCUCCUUCCUUGCUAUCUUGCUUAUCGGUGAUAACAUCGGAGCUCUUUUGAGUUUAUCGGAGCUCGCCGGACCACUAGCUAAGAGGGGAAAGCGAAACCCUAAUUACUGCCCUGUUUUCUAAUCAAGCACAGCAGCCUUCGAAGUUAGCUGUGGCCUUCGCCAGAGCUUGCCGAGACAAACGAUGAAAAGAAAAAAGCAACCCUAGUUGUUGUCUUUUGUUUCUCCAAUAGCAACCCUAGUUGCUAUCCUUUUCUUGGCAACACCGCCGGAGUUCGUCGGAGCUCGCUGGAGCUAGCUAAGAUGGUCAGCGGCGAAGGAAAAACAACCCUAGUUGUUGUCCUCUUUUUCCAACAACCACAGUAACUCAUAGAAGGCCGAGAGAUCUAAGAGGACGAGGAAGAUUCUCGAAGCGGUUUUGGUGGAUGAGGAGGCUCGCGAAGGGUGAUGAUAGACCUGAAAGAGAGGCUGGGGAAGUGCCGAGCAAAGGUUUUGAGCAAGGACAAGCCCACCUCCAGAAGACUCCGCGUGAUCUACGAUGACCUGGAUCUGACCGAGUCGAGCGGCGACGAGAAGGCACAGAUCGCCACCGUGGGCUGCCGCCGGAAGGCGGCGAUCGAGAUCCCGCUGCCAAUCUGCCCUUCAUUGUCUUCUCCGUUUGAGGAGACUGCUUGGGGGAAGAACUCCAGGAAAGCGGUUACACGUAGAGCCCCACGUAAGGCCAAGGACACGUCCCGCACCCCGGACGGUUGCGCUGUUAACCGCCGGCAUAAGGGAGUGCGGCAGCGGCAGUGGGGGAAAUGGGCGGCCGAGAUACGCGACCCCAUCCGCCGGGUGCGCGUCUGGCUCGGUACCUUCGACACUGCAGAGGACGCCGCCAGGGCAUACGAUGCAGCGGCUUGCUUUCUCCAGGCUGAGAAGAAGGCGCUGGCCGCUGUCACUGCUUCCGGCGACAGUAGCUUGCCAGCCUCUCCUUCGUCGGUCCUCGAGGUAGUCUCCGACCAAGCCCAGGAUGUGGCUGCCGAGGCAAAGUCGGAGAACGGGAAUUCAGUGGCUCGGCUGUUACACGAGUCAUUGUGGAUGGAAUUGGAGCCUUUCUUCACGACUGAUAAAUUAAAUGAUAGCAUUUCUUAUGACAUUCCCGACAUAGGCGACUUCGACGACGGUGAGCUCCCCAGCCUUGAAGCACUGACCAAGUUGAGCUUCUAGGUAUGAAUAUAUAUAUAUAUAUAUAUGUUCGUCCUAAAUUUUGUGGUUCUUUUUUAGUAAAUAUACUAAAUGUUACAUAUCAAAAACACUUAUUGGGUUUUUCCCCGGCCUAAUAAUUGUUCGAGUGA